UUCGCAAUGAGGUCUUUGCAUCUGGUUUUUCUACUCCUAAGUGUUCUGGUGGUUGGAUCAGCUAAGGCUGAUGAUAAUCCCUGCCAGGAUGUGCGUCUGUCCGGCUUCGUUUGUCUGAACUGCACCACUUUGGGAUAUUGUCUUCGCGAUGCCACCGGGAGCUGGGAAACCAUAUCGAUGCUGGGCUGCGAGUCGAACCACAAUUUCUUCUGCAGCGACGAGGGAACCUUCGGAUGCACCUGGCAAUCCCAGUGCCGGGUGCCUAAGAGAGGUCCUUUCAACUGCCAGCAGGCGGGAGUUUUCCCCGAUCCCUACGACUGUAGGAAGUAUCACGAGUGCAGCGAUCAGAGUGUGGACACCCCUCGAUUGUGCUCGGAUGGAACUGGUUACUCCACUCUCGCGGAAUCCUGUGCCGUUCCCCGGGAAAGUGCACAAUGCACUGGGCAGCAGUAUACCUGCGAUCGAUCUGGACAAGUGGGUGCCUGGCCGGCUGACAAUAGGUACUUCUAUGUCUGCGCAAAUGAUACCCCUAAUUCCCUAUAUCCUUUGAUGAUGAAGUGCCGCGAGGGUUUCGUUUUCAACAGUUACAGUUGCGUUCCUGACUCUCGGUCUUUGGGUAAGGGACUACAAGUCAGGGAGACCAAGAAAUGUGUGGAUAACACACGAUACGAAUGUCCCUUCCGAACAUCCGAGAUUGAGUACUGCAAAUGCGUCGCUGGAGAACUAGAGGUCAUUACCUGCCCAUCUGGUUUCCAUUUCGAUGCCAGAAUCUUGACCUGCGUGACAGAAAGGGUCCAUCAGUGCAAGGAUUUUGAAGUUCUCAGCUGUCCCAAUACCACCUCUAAUGAUGAGUACUGCCUGUGCAUCAAAAACCAAUUGCAGAUCUAUAACUGUCCAGUGGGACAUUAUUAUAAUGCUGAGAUAUCGAAGUGUCAAGGAGUUUUGAAUGGAAAAGUCAAUUAA